ACGGCGACCGACCGGCGGUGCACGUCGCGGCCAACAUGCUCGAGGGCAUCGUCUACCAGAACAAGGACCGCCUCAGCGCAGGACUCAUCGUGGCGGGCUGGGACCCGAUCAACGGCGGCACCGUGUACAACAUCCCGCUCGGCGGCGGCCUCUUCAAGGGCCCGUGGGCCAUCGGCGGCUCCGGCUCGACCUACAUCUACGGCUACUGCGACGCGACCUUCCGCGAGGACUGGGGACAAGAGGAGACGGUCGAGUUUGUCAAGAAUGCCCUCGCCCUCGCCAUGAGCCGUGACGGGUCCAGUGGCGGCACGAUCCGCCUCGCCAUCAUCACCGAGGGCGGCGUCGAGCGCGUGUUUGUGCCCGGCAACGAGCUGCCGCCGUUCGGAGACAAGCUGUAGCUCGGCCUCGUCGCGUCGAGUCGGGUUGAGCGUGGUCGUCGUCGUCGUUUCUGUACCUCCCUUGCAAGGACUUUGUUUCCGCCUU